GGUGCCCGAACCUCCCAGACUCUCUCCGUCGCUCUCAGCCGAACCGCGGACCGGAACCAUGGAGGGAUUCUCGUGGAAACUUUUUCUACUUUCUUGCCUGGCGGCGGCCGCGCGCAGCUCCGCGCAAGACUUCGGACAGACGCAGUUCAUUUGCACGUCGGUGCCCAAGGAUAUGGACCUGUGCACGGCCACCAUGCAGAACAGCGGGCCGGCGGAGGACCUGAAGACCACCAUCAUCCAGCUGCGGGAGACGGUGCUGCAGCAGAAGGAGACCAUCGUCAACCAGAAGGAGACAAUCAGGGAACUAACGUCCAAGUUGAGCCGCUGCGAGAGCCAGAGCCUCCCGGCGGCGGGACCCGGCGGGAGGCGGCCGGGGGCCAAGAACACGAUGGGGGAUGUAUCUCGGGGCACCACGGACACUCUGGCGCAGCUGGGACAGACUUUACAGACGCUCAAACAGAGACUGGAGAACCUGGAGCAGUACAGCAGAGGCAACAGCACCGCGCAAGCCAACAGCCUCAAGGACCUGCUGCAGAACAAGAUCGACGACAUGGAGAAGCAGGUGCUGUCGCGCGUCAACACGCUGGAGGAGAGCAAGCCGGGCUCCCGGAACGACACCGAGCAGCGGAACCGAGUGGAGUCCACGCUCACCUCGCUGCACCACCGGAUCACGGACCUGGAGAAAGGCAAAGACACGAGGCCCACGGACAAGUUCCAGCUCACCUUCCCCCUGAGGACCAACUACAUGUACGCCAAAGCCAAGCGCAGCCUCCCUGAGAUGUACUCCUUCAGCGUGUGCCUGUGGAUCAAGUCCAACGCCUCGCCGGGGGUCGGGACACCCUUCUCCUACGCCGUGCCGGGCCAGAGCAACGAGCUGGUGCUGAUCGAGUGGGGCAACAACCCCAUGGAGAUCCUCAUCAACGACAAGGUGGCCAAGCUGCCCUUCCUCAUCAACGACGGCAAGUGGCAUCACCUGUGCAUCACGUGGACGACCCGCGACGGGAUGUGGGAGGCCUUCCAGGACGGGGUGAUGCGAGGCAGCGGGGAGAACCUGGCGCCGUACCACCCCAUCAAGCCGGAGGGCGUCCUGGUCCUCGGACAAGAGCAGGACACGCUGGGCGGCGGCUUCGACGCCACGCAGGCCUUCGUCGGCGAGCUGGCCAACCUCAACAUCUGGAACCGGAAGCUGUCCAUCGCUGAGAUCUACAACCUGGCCACCUGCAACAGCAAAGCGCCGGCCGGCAACGUCUUCUCCUGGACAGAGAGCAGCAUCGAGAUAUUCGGCGGCGCCACCAAAUGGACCUUCGAGCCGUGCCGUUCGCUCAACUGAGCCUCCGGGGCGCCCGUUUCCCCCUCCCUCCGACUCCACCGUAUUUCUGAGCUUUUUUCGUCGUUUCUCGUCUUCAUUUCGUUAGAGACUUUAUUGGUAAGCUUACAGAUCUGGGAUUUCUAUUAGGUAUUCAUGUGCAAACAAAAAAAAACACUUUUUGUCCAAAAUAGACAAAAAAAACUAAAAAAAAAAAAAACUCAUCUUGGAAACAAUCUGCGAGAACGCAUCCAUUCAUGAAUCCAGAGCACACCUGAGUUCUUCUUUUUGAUUUUGUUUGUUGGUUUCUGGCUUUCCCGUCUCGGACUUGGCAGCUGGCGAACCGCCUUACGUUUGGACGCAUCCAAGUGAGGAAUUACACCACCGACCCGCCCACCGUCCCCGUGGAGAUUUACGCUGUCCGUCCAAUUCUUGUCAGUGUUUGGCGCCGUGAAGUGAUGUCCGACGCGGUACAGCAGCUCCCACCCCACCGCCCCACCUUCCCUCCGGAUCUUUUGCACUGUGACCCACGAGGACGAGGAAACAAAAAAAAAAACAAAAAAAAACAAAACGCCGGGAGGAGGAGGGAGGGCGCGCCGCAAAAGCCAACCGCGCCAGUCGACUCAUCGUUUCGCUUUCAAGUGUUUUUUCCGUAAACGAAUGUCGUUAACUUUGCCAACAUUGCUACGAAAGCCUGGGUGCCUUGGGCUGGUACGAGUGUUCAGCAGCACAUCUCAGUCUGUCUUCAGUUGCUGGUUCAGUGUUCCUUUAUGAUUUGUUUGAACUUUUAGUUGUUUUUCGUUCCUCUGGUUAAAUGUACUUUGAUCGCGGUCCGUUUUCCUCUGACAUGACGUGUUCUUGGCAGGUGUUUGUACUGCUCUGUAUUAGGAAUGUUCCGGUGUCUGUAUAGUAACAGCAUGAAUGACGGAGUGCUGUGGAGGCGUUGUUGAAACCUGCUUUACUAUCUUCUCUGGGUCCGGGUUUUUUACUGUAUUGUUAUAUGCUCCAAGCAUGGCAAAAACUGAGAGAUGAAGAAUUUAAUUUUUGUAAUAAAAUUGUGAUACUUGA